AUGGAUACGUAUAGUCUUUCAGUGAAUGGUGUCGCCUACACCGAAGCUGCGGAAAUCCUGAAAUCAGAAGCAGACCCUUUCUCUGGUCCGCACCAAUCCAUUGCGCCAUGGAACUUCAAAAUAUUGGCUGCUUUGAUGUUCAUAAUAACAUCCUUGUCCCUGUCUGAAAACUUUACUGUAAUGCUGGUCACGUUUAGGUUCAAACAACUGAGACAGCCCUUGAACUACAUAAUUGUUAACCUGUCUGUUGCUGACUUUCUUGUAUCACUAAUCGGGGGCACGAUAAGUUUUCUGACUAAUGCUAAAGGCUACUUCUUCUUGGGAGCUUGGGCGUGCGUAAUGGAAGGAUUCGCAGUGACUUUUUUCGGAAUCGUGGCUCUGUGGUCGCUGGCAGUCCUGGCCUUCGAGCGCUUCUUCGUGAUCUGCCGUCCGCUGGGGAACGUCCGUCUGCGGGGGAAGCACGCUGCGCUGGGGCUGCUGUUCGUCUGGACCUUCUCCUUCAUCUGGACCAUCCCCCCAGUGCUGGGCUGGAGCAGCUACACCACCAGCAAGAUCGGCACCACCUGUGAGCCCGACUGGUACUCAGGAAAUUCAUCCAACCACAGCUACAUCAUCACCUUCUUCUGUACCUGCUUCAUCCUGCCACUCACCAUCAUCAUCAUCUCCUACAGCAAGCUGAUGAGGAAACUAAGGAAGGUGUCCAAUGCGCAUGGCAGGCUGGGUAACGCCAGGAAGCCGGACCGGCAGGUAACGCGUAUGGUAGUGGUGAUGAUCGUGGCCUUCAUGGUGGGCUGGAUGCCGUAUGCCAUCUUCUCCAUCACCGUCACCGCCUGCCCCACCAUCCAUCUCGACCCGCGUCUGGCCGCCAUCCCCGCGUUCUUCUCCAAAACCGCCGCCGUCUACAACCCCGUCAUCUACGUCUUCAUGAACAAACAGUUCAGGAAGUGUCUCAUCCAGCUGUUCAACAGCAGCACCCCCCUGGACUCCAACGUGAACCAGACCUCGGACCGCCCGGGCGCCACUGGAGAGAGCAACACGGGCGAGAUGUCCACCAUCGCAGCCCGUAUCCCCACGGCCCCGACCAGCGCCCUGCAGAACCAGGAGGACGAAGCCAGCGAGGGAAGCACCUUUGCCCAACUACCCGUCCCAGAAAACAAAGUCUGCCCCAUGUAG